AUGCCCGUCACUAUUUAUCCAGCUGAUCACCCAGCUGCGCCACGGCAGAACGAAGGCUCCUCGACAGAAUCGGGUCAAGUCUUCGAACGGGCAUGCCCAGAUGAAUAUAAGAAGGGCCAGAGGAUCAUUCAAUCUUCCUUUGACAAGGCCCACGAGAAUUUAAUCCAUCCCGCGAAAAACAGCUUCGUCAAUGCAGUCUGGGAAGCCUACAACAAUCAUCAUCACCUGUUCAUUCGCCCCGAGGAUGUUUGGUUUUCCAUCCUCACUCAGCUCAGCUUUUACAUCAAUAAGAACGCUGAGAAAUUGAGGUCCCAUUUCGUGCGCCACGAGGGCAAGAAGAAAGUGGCAGUUCGCAUUGAAGGGACUCUCGACUGUGCUGAACUGGCUCGCCUCAUGACCGAGCGAAUAGAGGACCACAUUUUUGACCCCAAGCUGAGGGAAUGGAUCAUGCCCGACGACUUUUCGACUGCCGAGGCACCGGACAAUGUUACGGCUCUGAUUCUCAUGAUGGGAUCGAUGCAGGAAUACUUUUCCUGCACGGCGGACAUAAGCUGUGGUCUUCCGUCGGUGACUCUACUCGGAUACAAGACCGACUGGAACAGGCUUAAAAAGCGCCUUGACAAGAUAGCCGAGUUUGGCGAAGAAGCUGAACUAUUCGCCAAGCUUCUGCGGCCAGUGCUCCACCGUUUUGAUCUCUCGUUCAUGGAUCCCAAGGAUCCCGAUAUCCUAGACUUUUGGGGCAAGAUUGCCCACUGGGAGCAGAAAAGCUCUGGGCCCGAUAGUCUAUCUGGAUGGAUCUCGGCUUUUUGCUUCUGGACGGCUGAGGGGACCUGUCUGUAUUCCAAAGGACUUGACAAAACUAUCCCUGACCCCGAAACAGGUGGGUGGCGUGCGGGUUGCAUUUUGGAUGGUGUACAAUUCCAUCACAUUGACAUUGAAGAAAUCCCAAAGGGUUUCGUGUCGGUGCCUGUCAAACUUGUCGAAAAUUUGACAGAACACAAGACGAGGAUGGUGGCAGCUUCAGUAGGCGUCAAGGCUUGGAGCAGCGGUGAUUUGAUAUCGGCUGCGCUUCCACGUCCUGAAAAGGAGACGAUUACACCAAGGGCGGAAACCCCGGAGGAGACGAUUAUGCCAAGGGCGGAAACCCCGAAGGAGACCGAGAAGAAGAAGGUCAGCAAGGUUGCCCGGCUGAGAGAGUUUGUCUUGAGGCUCAUUACUCUUCCGGGACGAGAUGCCGGGGUUUCAACGUCGAAAGAAUCCCCUGACAAUGUGACGGUAGCCAAUGAGCCACAGGCGACGACGGUCGAUGAACCACCGCAAGCGCCAGACACAGUUUCAAAGCCUGAGGUUUCUCAAGAAGAUUCGAAAGCUAAACUCGACUCCUUUCAGCCAGUCUCGGGGUGGUGGAUGUAUGAACUCAAAGACGGACAAGAAUAG